AUGUCCUUUCAACAGUCCACGAAAAUGGAAGUGGAUCAAAACCCAACACUUGUUUUGAACGAACUUCGUAAACAGUGUUCACCUGAAUUACAAGAAUACUUAAAUACAUUUGAAGAUUUGUAUGAUCGAAAGUUAUGGCAUCAACUUACUCUAAAAAUCGAAGAAUUCUUUGCAAUACCGGCUUCGGGUCCUUUUCAGAUCCCAUUAUUCCAACAAUUCAUAUCUGACUGGGAAAAUAAGAUGAAUAAACUUAAAUUAGUGACCUUGGGCUUAAAUGUAGUAAAACAAUUUAAUGAAUACAAUGAUGCUUUGGCUUUUUUGACAUCACUUGUCGAGAAAGUGAAUACUUCAGAAUCCCGUGAUGCCUACGUUCAAGCUGUAAUGGAAACUGCAUAUAUAAAACUUAUGUUAAGUGAUCUUGAGGGUACAAAAUCUGCUAUAGAUGAAUGUGAAAAGAUUCUUGAUGAAUUUGAUUCAGUAGAGACAGUUAUUCACGCGAGUUUUUAUCGAGUUUGUGCAGAUUAUUAUAAGGCGAAAGCGGAAUAUACUGAAUAUUACAAAAAUGCAUUGCUUUAUUUGGCUUGUAUUCAACUUGAUGAAUUGACUAUAGAUGAAAAAAUCGAAAGAGCUUAUGAUUUGGCAAUUAGUGCUCUCUUGGGGGAUACAAUUUAUAAUUUUGGAGAAUUGUUAAUGCAUCCAAUUUUAGAAGUUUUAACAAACACACCUCAUGAAUGGCUUAAAAAUUUAUUAUUUGCAUUUAAUUCCGGUGAUAUUGGAAAGUUUGAGAUGCUGGCGCAACUUCUACAAGAUUCUUUCUCUUUUUUACGUCAAAAAAUUUGUUUGAUGUCAUUGAUUGAAGCAGUGUUUAAGAGAAAUGCUGAUAAUAGAACAAUACCUUUUGGAGUUAUUGCUGCAGAGACAAGAUUAUCCAUUGAAGAGGUGGAAUAUUUAGUAAUGAAAGCACUUUCACUGAAAUUAAUUCGUGGAUCUAUUGAUCAAGUUGGUGAAGUGGUUGCAGUGACAUGGGUUCAGCCACGUGUAUUAGAUAGAACUCAAAUUGAUGGUAUGAGACAGAGAUUACAAGAAUGGGAUGAAACUGUAAAGCAAACUGCUUUGUUUGUAGAAAAUGAAACACCAGAAUUAUUUCGGGCUGUUGUAUGUCAAGACACUGAAUUGAAGGGAGAAAUUCAUAUAGGUCCAGGUACUGUUUUACAUCCACAGUGUAAAAUAAAUGCAGAAUGUGGACCAAUUCACAUUGGACAAAAUAAUAUAAUUGAAGAAAAUGUGACCAUUAUAAAUAAAUAUCCAGGAAAGCUUAUAAUUGGUGAUGAAAAUGUUUUUGAAGUUGGAUGCCUUGUAGAAGGCUCUAAGAUUGGAAGUAGAAAUAUAAUAGAAGCCAAGGCGAGAAUCUUAGGUUCUACUUCAUUGGGCGAUAAUUGUGUUAUUGGAGCAGUUUGUUCGACCAAUAAAGACGAUGAAAUUCCCGAUAAUACAGUAAUAUACGGUGAUCAUCAUAACCGAAGGACUCAAACGGCGACAUCAAGUCAUCAAUCAAGUUUGCACACGCGUCAUCUAGAUUAUCUUCGUUUUACCGAAAUUCAAUCACGUUAG